GGGGAUCUUUUGCGCACACACACACACACCCGAGGCACAACCCCCUCCAAAGAGCUCACUCCAGAGCAAACCAUGUUCCAGCCUGCAGCUAAGCGGUGCUUCACCAUCGAGUCGCUGGUGGCGAAGGACAAUCACUUGGCUUCAGAGGAUCCCAUCCGACCCACAGCCCUCAACUACCCCAACCCUUCCGCGGCCGAGGCGUUCGUCAAUGGCUUUCACAGCGCGGCAGCCGGCAGGUCCCUCUACAGCAGCCCGGAGCUGGUCUUCCCCGAGGCCGUGAGCCACCCCUCCUUGGGCGUCCACCCGCACCAGCUGGGCGCGUCCCAGCUCCAGCACCCGCACUCCUUCUUCGCCCCCCAGCACAGAGACCCCCUCAACUUCUACCCCUGGGUGCUGAGGAACAGGUUCUUCGGGCACCGCUUCCAAGGGAGCGAGGUGUCCCAGGAGGGUUUGCUACUGCAUGGGCCAUUUGCCAGGAAGCCCAAGCGGAUCCGCACGGCCUUCUCCCCGUCCCAGCUCCUGCGGCUCGAGAGGGCCUUCGAGAAGAACCACUACGUGGUGGGGGCCGAGCGCAAACAGCUGGCCAGCAGCCUCAGCCUCUCCGAGACCCAGGUGAAAGUGUGGUUCCAAAACAGAAGGACGAAAUACAAGAGGCAGAAGCUGGAAGAGGAAGGCCCCGAAUCAGACCAGAAGAAGAAAGGUUCCCAUCACAUCAAUAGAUGGCGGAUUGCCACCAAACAGUCCAACGGGGAAGACAUUGAUGUCACGUCUAAUGACUAGAAAGGGGGCAGGCUGCUGGCAAAUAAACCAAUGAGAGGAACAAGGGGGAGGAGGGGAAAAUACGGGGCAAACAAAACAAAAACAAAAACCGGAGCGAUUUCACAAAGACAAAGCAACCGUCACCAACAGCUGAGUUUCCUCCGCGGUGCAUGGGCCAAACGAGAGGCCUACGGACCAGUCCCCCCCUCGGCACUCAGUUCUGCCCACUGGGUGGCCUUCACCGGCGCUUUGGAAAUGAAAGCUCCCAGAGAACAGAGGAAACACCCCUGCAGCCAUCCUGCGCUCCUGAGAACUGAACCGAGCUGCCCGUCCUCGCAGCCUGAAGCUGUCGGUCAGCCACAAGAUCAAAUAAAAA